UCACAAUACCAACGCGCUGCCGUGUUGUUUUUGUGUUCCCAGCGCUCGGGAACAGCCGCUGGGGUCUGUCUACCUGGCCGGCGCCUGCCUGCGUCCGAGGGGACCCCACAUCCCUUCUGAAAGCUCUGCCAAGCUGCGUUGCGACGCGAGCUGACGUUUCUCAGGCUGUUCUGCUACCCAUCGGAAUUUGGCAGAGGCAAGCGAGCCCGGAGAGACGCCACCAUCAGCGAGGGAGGCAGGCCCCGUCCGGGGAUCUUGGAAACCCUGCGGUCCAUCAUGAAGUUCCAGUAUAAGGAGGACCACCCCUUUGAGUAUCGGAAAAAGGAAGGAGAAAAGAUCCGGAAGAAAUAUCCGGACAGGGUCCCUGUGAUUGUGGAGAAGGCUCCAAAGGCCAGGGUGCCCGAUCUGGACAAGAGGAAGUACCUAGUGCCCUCGGACCUCACUGUUGGCCAGUUCUACUUCUUAAUCCGGAAGAGGAUCCACCUGAGGCCCGAGGAUGCCUUAUUCUUCUUUGUCAACAACACUAUCCCUCCCACCAGUGCCACCAUGGGCCAGCUGUAUGAGGACAACCACGAGGAAGACUACUUUCUGUACGUGGCCUACAGUGACGAGAGUGUCUAUGGGAAGGAGAAAGCAUGUCAGGACAGAGCUGCUGGCUUGGCUUGCAUAGAAGAACGGAGAUGGUUUCAUUUUCACAUUUCGGAGUGAACUUCUGUGUGACCUCACAAAAGAGGCAGGAGGCAGGCGAGCUGGGGCCAGAGAUGAUCGGGGACCACCAGUACCUUCCUGCUCUCCCUCCUCUUUGGGCAGAGAUUCUAUUUUUGACAUUUGCACAAGCUAUGUAGGGAAGGGGCUGUGGAUGUGUUAGGACUUCUGGUAGUAGAUCAUUCCUAGGGACCAAAAGAGACCCAUCGUAGUUAAAACAUUGUGACCCUGAUCUCCUGUCUUCAUACCUUCCCAUCCCAGUCGGAAUCCUCACCACCCACGUCACGGCACCACCCAGGGGUGCUGAUAGAUCAGACAUCAGGUAAACAUUUAGAUGGCACUUUCUCCCCACUGGAAAAUAGGGGCCAAGCAUGAGGGACGUGAUGGGUUAUGAAUAUAGUUUUGAUAGCGUUAAACUGGAAUUGACCAAGUUGAGCACCUCCGUCUAACCUGCUCUCUCUCUGGUACCCCUUCUCCCAUAGCUCCCUCGGGCUUUAAUGAACCACAGUCAUUUCCAGUUACGGGCUACCACCACUCCUUCAGCAUCUCCCAGACUUUGCUCCAUGUAUAGGGACAGAGACGUCUUUAGUAUGGAAGGGGCAGGUGGGAGGUGAGACGGAGGGUCUGCCCCUCCCACUCAGCCUGGAUUCUUGCUCCCUCGUUGGUGUCCCUUGAGUCCCGAGCACACAUAAAUGUUAAGAGAUGACCAGCUGCUUACCUCCUUUGGUUUUCGUUGUUACUGCAGCUGCCAGUUAGGAAAGUUUGAGCGGAUGACUUCGUAGUUCAGGGGGAUUCUGUUGAUUCCGAGUAUUUUCACUUUGGGGGUUACAGGGGUGGGGGUGGGGAGCGGGAGUGGCACCCAGUCAUGACAUUUCAGUCCAUCUCUGCUAAUGAAAAGGGUCCUUCCUGUAGGUGAAAUCUGUCUCAGUUCUGUCAGCUGCAGGUUCUUGUGUAACGAAGUGUAUGCUGUCAGGCCAAGGAAAUAAAAUAAUCGCAUACCUUGAAAACCAA